AUGUCAGCCAUUACGUUAACCAAAGAGUCACACAAAAAGCCAUCCAAAUUUAGAAUCCAGUACCUGGAUGGGCUAGCAGUGUUGGGACCAGAACACACUGCGCAAAAGAAUAUCAACGAUAAUUUACCCAUCGCAACUACUUCUUCCCAAGUUGCCGUUAUUGGUGCCGGGUUUGGGGGGAUCGGAGCUGCGAUCAAGACAAUGGACGACUUGCAUGUGCAAGACGUUACCAUAUUUGAAAAGCAUGACAAUUUCGGUGGUACUUGGUACGCCAACACUUACCCAGGUUGUGCCUCAGAUAUUCCAGCACUUUGGUACUCCUAUUCAUUUAUGUUGAAUACCAAUUGGAGCAGAGCUCAGCCUCCCCAAUAUGAAAUGGAAGAGUACAUUUUGAGAGUUACUGAUCACUAUAGGUUGAAAGAGAAGACACGAUUCCAAACUUCAGUGGACAGGUGCGUAUAUGAUGAGGAUACAGGGGUGUGGACCUUGUUUGCACAUGAUGUCAAGACAGGUCAAAGGAUCGAGCAUACUGCAAAUAUUGUCUUGUCAUGUGGUGGGAUUUUGGUGAAUCCACACCAAUUGAAUGCUCCUGGCCUAGAAAACUUUAAAGGCAAAUAUAUUCACUCGGCAGUUUGGGACCAUUCUAUCGAUUUCCGAGGUAAAGACGUGUUGGUCGUGGGUAACGGAUGUUCUGCGAAUCAGGUUGUUCCAGCUUUGUUGAAUGACCCUCAAUACAAGGUUGGGUCAAUCACACAAAUUGCUAGAUCAAAGCAUUACAUCAUGCCGCCAAUCCCCGCGUUCUUGAUGUUUAUCAAUCGCUUAUUUAGCUUCUCAUUCUACGGAUUGAUGUUUGUUCGUUUGAUUACUGUUUGGCUCCUGGAAUUAAGGUUCCCAUUGUUCAAAAAAGAUGGAUUCAUAUCAGAAAAGAUGCGUUCAGUGAGUCGAGCUGUAUCAAUCAAAUACAUCAAAAAAAACGCUCCCGAAAAAUACUGGGAUUUAUUGAUCCCGGAAUAUAAAUUCGGAUGUAAGCGUAUGAUCAUUGAUUAUCGAUACGUUCCAGCGUUGAAUGAUCCAAGAAUCACCCUUACCGGCAGUGGAAUAGGAAGAGUCGUUGAAGACGGUGUAAUCUUGGAGAAUGGCGAAUUUGUCAAAGCCGAUAUUAUUGUUGCCUGUACCGGCUACGACGUAUUACAGGCAUUGAAACUUCCCUUUUCAACUACAAAAGGAUACAACAGUCAACAGAUUUGGGAAAAGGAAGGUAUAAGUACUUAUCGUACAAUUUUGGUGAAACAUAUGCCCAAUUUGUUUUUCAUUGGUGGCCCCAAUACAAUUACGGGGCAUUCUUCUGUUGUUAUGGCUAUUGAGAAUGCUGUUGACUAUUAUUUGAAACUAGUCAAGCCAGUGAUAGAGGGUAGAGAGAAGGCAGUUGUUGUAAAACCUGAAGCUUAUGACAAAUGGCAUAAAGAAAUCCAAGAAGAGCUGAACAAAAGUGUUUUCGGUACCAAGUUUGGUGGGUGCGUAUCAUGGUAUAGUGAUUCAAAAGAAAAUGCCAUAACAUUUGCAUGGUCACAAUUGUAUUACUGGUACAUUACUCAUUUCCCAAACUACAAGGACAUUAUUUAUGAGCAUUAUGACAAGAAGAGGGUCUAA